AUGUAUUGUGUUCUCCAGUCAGGUCGAACUGUGGUCCAGCUGCGUGAAGCCGUUUUGAAGGCUAGGACCCAAGCACAACAAGCUCUAGAGAGAGCAGCCUGUGCUACUGACAGUUUGGCCGUUAUGCGUCGCCAGCUAAGAAGCGCCAUCGAGAAAACAACUGAAUAUUUCGCAGUCAGACUGAACGCUGAACACAGCAUGCGAAACCUCAGGAGGCAGCUCUUAGAGGGAAAUGCACUUCUGGAGUCUAUUAGAUCAAGGUAUCUUAAUUCGUAA